CCCAGUCCCGCCUUCCUCCCGGAUCCGGCGCGGACGCCAUGGUGCGGUACAAGCACAGGUACCUCCUGUGCGAGCUGGUGUCAGAGGACGCGCGCUGCCGCCUGAGCCUGGACGACCGCGUGCUCGGCGGCCUCGUCCGCGACACGAUCGCCCGGGUGCACGGGACCUUCGGCGCCGCCGCCUGCUCGGUGGGCUUUGCAGUUCGCUACGUCAAUGCCUACACCGGAGUAGUGCUACUUCGAUGCCGAAAGGAGUUCUACCGGCUUUUGUGGUCAGCUCUCCCUUUCAUCACGCAUUUGGAGAGCAAAGGACACCGGUACUCGUGUUUUCUCAACACACUGCACGUGGGAGAAAGACAGCGACUGUUUCAAAAACUGUUGUCCACAAAAACUCUUCAUGUGCCAGGUACAAUUAGAACCUGUCAGAAAUUCCUGAUAAGGUACAACCGGAGACAGCUGUUGCCGUUGCUGCAGAAUUGCACUGAUGAAGGGGAGAAGGAAGCCAUUAAGAAGUCUUUCUCGAUAAGCCAUCUACUGGAGAAAGAGCCGUCCGAAGAGCUCUCAGACAUUGCUGGUGAGGACACUGCGGAAGCAAUAGAAUGACCCUGUUUCCAGGCCCACUUGUGGGACCAGGAAGUUGGAGUUGGCAGCAGCACCCCAAACUGUGAGCCAGAGCCACAGGUCAUGGCUGCCUUUACCAUCCAUGGUCCUAGAGGCUCUGUACAGACGUUUCCUAUGUAACCAACUGAGCCGGGUGGGUGGAAUAUUCUUGGCUUCCAAAGCAACAUUCCUAAACUACAUAAAGUAUUUAUAUAAUUCA